GUUACGCUGUUUUCAUUUAGAAUGCGUUACGCAAGGAUGAUUACUGAAAAAUCUCUGAAAAAGAGGACUCUUAUUCUAACAACAGUCCUCCUCUUAACCAUUGGUUUUUCACGAGGGUUAAAUUGCAGCGGGGAUCCAUGCAUGUAUGGAAUUUGUUUAGAGGACGCAAACAGCACUUAUUCUUGCUACUGUAUCGAUGGAUACACCGGGAUCAAUUGUGAGAUCAAUUGGGACGAAUGUUGGUCUAAUCCUUGUCUGAACGGAGGGACAUGCAACGACGCUGUUGCAGCAUAUAACUGCACCUGUGCCGAGGGUUUUGUAGGUAUAAAUUGCGAACAAAGGUACAGCGAAUGUUCGAACCAACCCUGUCUGAAUAACGGGAUUUGUCUCGAUUACGACGGCAUCACAUGCCAAUGCCCUGAUGGAUAUUCAGGUGAUUAUUGCGAAAUCGAUGCCUCGGUUUGUAACGACACAAUAUGUAAGAAUGGAGGCGAAUGCGUGGAAGGACCUGGAUUCUCUUUCUUUUGCCGUUGUCCCGAAGGAUGGACAGGUCGACUGUGUGAUGAAGAUGUCGAUGAAUGCGUUACAUCACCAUGCAAGAACGGUGGUCUUUGCAUCAAUAUUCCCGCUUCGUAUACUUGUGCUUGUCUAUUCGGGUAUACAGGGAAAGAUUGCGAUAAAGCCAUCGUACCCUGCGAAGAGAAUCCUUGUAAAAACGAUGCGGUAUGUUUAUUCGAGGACGAACGACCAAUUUGUUACUGCGUACCGGACUAUCAUGGUGCGUUAUGCGAGUUAAAGUACGACGACUGUGAAUCCAAGUUCGCGAACUGUGAGAACGGAGGUACAUGUAUCGAUGGUAUCAACAGUUUCACUUGCGCUUGUCCAACGUUCUAUAGUGGACCAUUUUGCAAUGUCCAUAAUCUUUCACCGACCACUUUCUCCACUUUCGGGGAAACUUUUGAGACUGAUAGCGAUAAAACGACCACUCCUUUCACAUUAUUUUCAUCGAAAUCAUCGACACUGCCAGAUAGCGAUACAUCAUCGCUUGUGACCAUUUCCACGACGGCGCAAUCUUCGACUUCCUCCAGAAGUAUCAGUCGUUUCUAUACAAAAUGGUACCCUUUCGCCGAGACAACGUCAUCAACUUUAGACAGAAAUGGCAUUAACGUCUUUAGUAGUAGUACUGGUAGCAGCAGCAGUAGCAGUAGUAGCAGCAGCAGUAGUAGCAGUAGUGGUAGUAGUACAGAAACUACCCCAACAUUUGUUACCGAUGUCCCGUCGAUGUAUUCUGUUACGAGUAAAGAGGUACCUCAAACUGAAACGGUCUCGUUAGAACCCCGAACAUUGUCCAGUGUUUUGAGUGAAGUUUCUACGAUAAUUUCGACAAUAAAAGUCGAAACGGAAUAUUUAACACAAAAAUCAAUUCAUAAUGAAACCACUGCGACUGAAAGUAUUUAUCAAGAGAACGGUAAUAAAACGUUCCCGUCUGCCGAUGAUACGUCCCCUUAUGAAGCGAGUAGCACAAUAGGAUAUGUUUCAAAUACAGGGUAUUAUCCAAGUGUAACUAUAUCUGUUGAAAAAACGACCGAAGAACCUACGACGACAGGAAGUGAAGAAAGUAGCAAUUCAUUCUCUACUAUAACAUCUUCCUCAAGUUUUAUGGAAUUUUGGCAAAAUAAAAGCUCAGAAACGAUUACGCCAAUGAUAGAAGUGCCAAAGACCACACCUUAUACGUUCACAGAUAAAUGGACGUCUACACAGCUAACAAGGUCUUCAAGUACCGAAGCGGACAGUUCUACAUUUUCCCUCGCUAAUAAUAUCUCUUCGCCUGUAUCAAGUAGUAGCUCUACAAGAGCAAUAUUCGAUGAAAAUACUACUGAUAGCGAACGUGAAGAAUUCUCAACGAAAACUGAAUCGUUAACAACUUCAAAAAGUCCCGUCACUCCUGAAUGCCACGGAAUUUUAUGUUCAAGUACUACGGUACCACCUACGCGCAACGAUAGCGAUUGCAACUGUUCACAUCGUGAAAAUUGUAAACCUGGUCCGAGUAUAAAACGAGCGGCUUUCAAUGGAAAAUCUUACGCAAGGCAACAUGUAGACGUAGAAAUUUCAAAUGGCAAUAAUGCAACGCUUAGAAUUUUCGUGAGACUUAGGACAAGUUUCAAGGAUGGCAUUAUAUUACACGUCUAUUUCGACGAUGAAAAAUAUGCCUUAGUAUAUUUGGAAUAUGGUUCUUUAAAGUUUCAAUUCUCCUGCGGACUCGAAACUAUGCUACUUGGCGAGAUUGAUUCGCCCAUCGAUAAUGGAUAUGAAGCGGAUAUUGAUACAAGGUUUCAAUAUUUUAUGAGAAAUGAAACCAACAAAUGUUCCGCCCGUUUAUUAGUAAACGGAACAACGGCCGUUAGCGGUGAACAAAUUUUGCCAUUACGUGGAAAUCUUCCACGGCAAGCUAAUUUACAUCUAGGCGGUAUACCAAUGGUAUUUUCGCACUAUUUUGCUCAUGUCUCAAUGGGAUUUACCGGAUGUAUGGAUUCUCUUAGGAUAAACGAUAUACCACGUCAUUUUAUCCACGAUUCUACAGAAACAUUUCAAAUCGAAGAUUGUAUAUCGUUUCUAUGUUUGUCAAAUCCGUGUCAAAAUUUCGGUGCGUGUGAAGAAAUAAAUGGCACAGUGCGUUGUAGAUGCAUAGCCGGAUAUACGGGUUCGUUUUGCGAGCGUUCAACGUGCGAUGAAAACCCUUGUGCCUUAGGUGCAACUUGCAUCAGUUCACCAGGUACAGGCUUCGUUUGCGUUUGUCCACUUGGAACUCAUGGUCUUCUGUGCGAAGAAGAUACUGUUAUAACUCGACCAUCAUUUUCGGUACUUGUACCCGGAUUCUCAUCGUACAUUGCUUAUGGAGUGUCGAAUUCUAUAAAAGAUGCCAUGGAACUAAAACUAAAGGUUAUACCACGUACUUAUGAACAAAUAUCUUUGAUAGCUUAUUUAGGACAAAGCGGGUCACGUCGAGAUUUAUCGGAUCAUCUUUCUAUAACAUAUGUUCGUGGUUACAUCAUGUUAACGUGGGAUUUAGGAGCUGGUGUUCGUAGAAUAUUUACAAGUGUUCCUCUGAGUGCUGUAGCAAUAACAGCAGCAGCAAGCAAAAGUUACAUAGCUUAUACGAUCCGAAUUGGGAGAAGAGGUCGAGAAGCAUGGCUUGCGGUAGAUGGCAUAGGCAAUGUAACUGGGCAAGUGGUAGGAUCCAUGACGCGACUUGAUGUAUCACCAAUACUUUAUAUUGGUGGACAUAAGUCAAAAAACUUUGAAUCUUUACCCCAUGAUUUACCUCUUCAUACUGGAUUUUCUGGUUGUAUAUUUGACAUUGAAUUACGCACAGAAAGCGCAAUUUAUCCAAUAACUAGUUCCAGUCCUGCAAUAGGUCGUGGGGUUGGUGAAUGUCAUCGGAAUGAAUGCAUCCGUCAUUCAUGUAAGAAUGGUGCAGUGUGUUUAAAUCAUGGUGCUACAUAUAGCUGUAUUUGCACAAAAGAAUGGAUGGGAUCUGACUGUUCCAUACCAGUAGAAGCAUUAUCCUCUGUUGAAUCAUCCUCUUGCCAUACUUGAAACUAGUAAAAAUAUUCUU